UCACGAGGCGCGCGCAAACGCAAAGCCGACGCGAGAGCGAGCGGCCACCGCGCGCUAGUAGUAGUAGCGAGCCACUAUAGAUUUGGCUCCCGUAUAAAGGGUCGCUGAGACUUGCUUGUCGCUGGCAGUGGCAGCUGCCGAUCCGUCCGUCAAGGCACAGCGCAAGCACAGGCUCUCGCUCGUGGAGGCGAAUGGAGCUGGACAUGGGAGCGGGAGGAGGCGGUGGAGUAGUGGGAGGUGGGCGAGCGGAGGCGCACUACCGCGGGGUGAGGAAGCGGCCGUGGGGCCGGUACGCGGCGGAGAUCCGGGACCCGUGGAAGAAGACGCGGGUGUGGCUCGGCACCUACGACACGCCCGUCGAGGCCGCGCUCGCCUACGACCGCGCCGCCGUCGCGCUCCGCGGCGUCAAGGCGCGGACCAACUUCGGCAGCGGCAGCAGCGGUGGUGGUGGCGUCGGCGGGCACGGCCAUGGCCACAGCCACGCCCAGCUGCCGCAGCUUCACCACCGCAUGCACCCGCCGCGGCCGCCGCAGGGCCCUGGUCACUUCGGCGGGCUCGACAUCAGCCACCCUUCGCCGUGGCACUAUGUCUACUUCCCGGCGAGGGUGCAGGCGAUGGCGCCGGCGGCGGCUGGCCAUGUCGCGGCGCACGUCGCCGCGUCGCUGCCGUCGACGACGCUGGAGCUCCGGACGGGGCCGAGCGCCGGCGAGCUCCCGUUCGACCUCAACGAGCCGCCGCCGGCGCUGCUGUUCGGCUCGUGAUCUCGACACGUACGUGAGUAGAGCAUCACUGGGUAGUACUAGGACCAAGGAUCAAGCUUAGAGAUCACUAGUAGAUAGGGGUAACCGAUUAAUGUGGGAGUGGAGAGCACUGGUCCGGCUGUGUACAUACGUACUACUAUUUAAGGAAAGUUUAGCGUUCUCACAUUGCCCCUGUUCUUGUUUCCAUUUUAAGAACUUUUUAGCGUACA